UGGUUUUUCUUUAGACAGUUAGAAGGAUUUCUCAGAAACAGAGUCACAGAGUCGGUGCCGGAUAUGAGUAUGGGACACACUUUGCUCUGUUUGCUGGGGGUUUUCUUGCUGAAUAUCCUCCUCUACUGUGGACAUGCUCAAGAUUCUCUGCUAACCAUUGAGCCAAACUGGUCCCCUUUAUUUACUGGAGAGUCUGUGACCUUCACAUGUGACAUGAGGGAAGGAAAAGACACUGACUGGUAUUACAGAAUGAACAAGGAUGGUCGAGAAUUUCUCCACUACAACACAAAUAAAAACUACACAUUACAACCACUAGAUACAGGCCACAGUGGUGAAUACCAGUGCUUUGGAAGUCUCAAGGUCUCAACAUAUUUGCCAAAGGAAAGUAAUAAAGUCUCUCUAACUGUAUCAGCACAGAGACCAAAGGCCAAACUGAGAGCUGUCAGGAGAGACUUUCCAGCAGGGGGCAGUGUGACCCUGAGCUGCUCUGUGAACCCGUCAUCUGGUUGGAAAUACUUCUGGUACAGAGGAGAGAAAACCUCUGAACCCCUGAACACACAAGAUGCUGUCUUCAUCUCAGAUGGACAAAUCAGUGUCUCACAGGGACGACUCUACUGGUGCAGAGGAGGAAGAGGAGACCCAGUUUACUACACAGAGGACAGUGAUGCAAUCGUCACAAACAGGGCUGUAGUGACUCUGCAACCCAACUGGCCUGAGAUAUACUCAGGAGAGACGAUCACUCUGAGAUGUGAGAUCAAGGAUGGAGGAGACACUGAGUGGGAGUAUGAGUGGAAAACUACGAGCUCAUACAAACCUCAAAAACAGAAUCAAUACAUCAUCAGAUCUGCUUCAUCAUCACACAUUGGAGAGUACAGGUGUCUGGGCAGAAUGAAAAGUGGAAAGUUUUCAACAGACUGGAGUGAUGCUUUCACAUUGACACUAUCUUACAAGCCCCAGCCUGUCCUCACUGUGUCUCCAUCCUGGCUGAGUCCUGGAGCCUCAGUAACUCUGAGCUGCAGAGUUAAAGAUCCAUCUGCAGGAUGGAGGUUCUUCUGGUUUAAGGCUGUUCCCAAACUAUCAGCCAACUCCUACGACCAAGAGCUGCUACCUGGCAGCAGCAACGGGACUGAACAGGAUUCCUACAUCGUUCAUGGACAGACACACACAGCAGGAUAUAAGUGCAGAGCUGGAAGAGGAGAUCCAGUGUAUUACACUUCUUACAGUAUAGCAAAGUUUGUCUGGUCUGGAGAUUUUCAUCCAGCAACAGUCAGAGUGAGUCCUGACAGAGAGCAGCACUUUUCCUCUGAGCCUGUCUCACUGAGCUGUGAGGGAAACUCUUCUAAGUGGAGAGUGAGGAGGUUCACUAAAGCCGGCCAUCUGUCAAACUGUUCUAAGUGGGGAACAAUGACUGGAUCCACAUGCAACAUCAACGAACUUCCAAACAAAACUGCAGUGUACUGGUGUGAGUCUGAAUCAGCUCAAUUCAGUAACGCGGUCAACAUCACCGUACAAAGACCUGAAGACUCUUCAUUUCUUCUGCAGUUGAUUGUUGGGCCAGUUUGUGGAAGUUUACUGAUUAUUCUCCUGCUGCUGUUGUGUUGCUACAGAAAGUCAAAGGAUUCAAAUUUUGCCAGGACCCCACAGAGAACCAAUCCGGGCUCUGCUCCAGAUCAAGUGGUUUACCAGAAUGAAACUACAGUGCACUCCUCUCAUCUGCAUGGUGAUGCUUGUCUCUCUGAAUCAAUCAGAGGCUCAGAAAAUGCUGAAAAUGAUGCAGAUGAAUCCAGCUAUGUCACAUACUCGUUGAUUCAGCUUAAACACAGUAGUAAUAAAGGGCAGCAUAAUGAACCAGAGGAGAGCUCCCUUUACUCGAAUGUGAAGACAAGAUCAGCUGCAGGAAGAUCAUCUCCUGCAGCAACAGAGGAAACUGUUUAUUCAGAAGUCAAAAUAGGAACGGCUCUUGGUAAUAAUGCUCCCAUGUAAUGUGCAUGUUGUGAUUUGUGUCUUUAAAGCGACUACAUCUUAAAUAUCCUUUUAUCUCUGCUUUUGCUGGUUUUCUUCCAGUUCCA